ACAAACCCACUCCUCUUACCCCCACCCAUAACGUCUCCCCUCACCUUUUCACUUGCUUUUUUGUCUCAUCUUCUUUCUCCUUGCUUGCCGAUUCUUUUCAUGGCGUCCAUCGGCGACGGUGACUCCACCCUCGACCUCAUCCGCGAACUCCUCCUCGGCGACCUCCCCCUCUCCCCUCUUCCCCCGCCUUCCGCCCCCAACGACAUCGCCGUCUCCGACUACAUCGACACCACCCAGCCCUUCGCCGGCAGCAGCGGCCGCAUCGAUCCCGGUGGACUCGAAUCUUACCGCUUUUCCGAGCCGGUCGCCCCCAUGAUCCGGUUCGGCGGCGACUCCCCCCAGGCCUCCGACCUCCGCGGCCCGUCGUUUACCAUCUCCCUACCCCCCGUCCGGAAGUUCGAGAUCGAGUGGACGGAGGUCGGAGCGGCCGUAGGGCCGGCGGAGUACGACGAUGGGCGGCGGUACCGGGGAGUGCGGCAGCGGCCGUGGGGUAAGUUCGCGGCGGAGAUCCGGGAUCCCAACCGCCGCGGAUCCAGGAUAUGGCUCGGGACCUUCGACACCGCCCUCGAGGCCGCGAAGGCCUACGACCGCGCUGCUUUCCAGAUGCGCGGCAGCAAGGCGAUCCUCAACUUCCCCAACGAGGUCGGCAGCUCCGGCCAGUGGAUGCCACCACCUCCGGCGCCGCUCGCAGCGGCGGGGAAGAGGAAGAGGGCGGCGGCCGCGGCGGGGGAGGCAAGGGAAGAUGUGAUGAGGCCGAUCAAGAAGGAGAGGUCUCCCGAGAUGGAGGGGUCGAGGGAGGAGAAUAUUCCGUCGGUGUGCCCCUUGACGCCGUCGAGCGUCUGGGAUGGGGCCGACAUGAUGGGCAUAUUUAACGUCCCACCGCUCUCGCCGUUAUCACCGCACCCGCCGUUCGGGUUUCCGAAGCUCAUAGUAAGGUAAGAAAUUGACGGCCACCGUUAGGCGAUGAGCUUCUUCUAGAAGCUAAUCAUUGGACUUUGGAGGAGCUGUUUAAAGAGACAAAAAAAAAAAAAAAAGGAAAAAAGUUGUUGUAUGAGGUUGAUAUAAACAGCCGUAUUAGCUCAGAUUCUUUUGUUCUUUUUUAUGUAUCUAUAGCAGUAUUUGAGCCUUGUAAUAUAUUUGGUCGUAUUGGAUAUAGAAGCCUAAAUAUAUCCCCUGCAAUAUGGUUUUAUAUGUAAUGAGAUUUUUGAAAGCUUGAAGAA